UUCUUGCCAUUUCCCCCCUUUACCCUUUUUUCUACCUUUUUAGGGUUUUUAGCUCUCAAUUUUUCCCUUUUAUGCUUCAAUUCAUCCAUCUUCCUACUUGAUUCUCCAGGUACGGAGCUUAAGUUCGGCAGGGAUCAAAAAUGAAAGAAAAGGACGGAAUUCUGUGUCGAAAAGGCAUUUGCACUCUCGUAGUACAACGUUCUUGAAGCUUCAGUGGCUUUUUGGUCCUUAGGACAGUUUUGACUAAAUACUUCAUGAAAAUCUGAGGUUAAUUACCAGAAGUUGUAGCUUAGUCGCAUUUACCGAUGGAUGACGGCGGGCAUCGUGAAAACGGGCGGCAAAAGCAACCACAGGGUCAAUGGUUAAUGCAGCACCAGCCUUCGAUGAAGCAGAUAAUGACGAUCAUGGCUGAACGGGAUGCCGCCAUUCAAGAACGGAACUUAGCGAUGUCGGAGAAAAAGACUGCCCUGGCCGAGCGGGAUAUGGCGCUCCUCCAACGGGAUUCAGCGGUUGCAGAACGGAAUAGCGCCAUUAUGGAACGGGAUAACGCCAUCGCCACUCUGCAGUACAGAGAGAACUCUAUGAACAGUGGCAAUAAUACGUCUUCUUCAUGCCCGCCAGGAUGUCAAAUCUCGCGGAACGUAAAACACGUACACCACCCACAGCAAUACCAACAAGAAGAAAUGGGUGGUGGCGGAGGCAGUGGUGGUCGUGGCGUUGAUCCGCUUCCAGUAUCUCCAGCAGCACCAGAGCCUGCCAAGUCCAGGCGGACAAAACGCACAAAGGACAUGAAAUCAGUAACCGAUAAGAAGACAUCAAGAGCAUCUAGAAAGGUGAAACUGGAAUGUGAUGAUCUGAAUAAGGCCAUGUAUGAAGACACCCAUGACUGGAGCGGUGGCGGCGGCGGUGAUAGCGGUGGUGGUGUCGAUGAUCUCAACCAUGAACUGAAGCCAGAAUGGAAGGAUCAAGAUCUUGGGUUGAACCAAGUUGCGUUCGAUGAUUCAUCUAUGCCCAUACCGGUUUGCUCAUGCACCGGAGUUUUUAGGGCGUGUUACAAGUGGGGAAACGGUGGCUGGCAAUCAUCGUGCUGUACAACAACUAUGUCGAUGUACCCACUUCCUUCACUUCCUAAUAAACGACAUGCUCGGGUUGGUGGUAGAAAGAUGAGUGGAAAUGUAUUCAAUAAGCUCAUAAAUCGACUUGCUGCAGAAGGCCAUGAUCUGUCGAAUCCGGUUGAUCUGAAGGAGCAUUGGGCCAAGCACGGAACGAAUCGAUAUAUCACCAUCAAGUAAAUGUGAAUGUGUUGUAGAUUGUUGUUUGGAACAUGAUUGAACAAAAAUGGAGGGUUUUUAAGCAUUCAGAUUUGAAGAUCUUGAAAGCAUCUGUGUAUUUAGAGAUCUGAAUCUAGACUUGAAACUUUGCAUUAAUGGAAGAUUUUAGCAUUUUGGA